AUUCGAGAGUUUGGGGUUCUUUGGGAAGGGGAGGCUAGGGAGCCCUGCUGGCUCCUGUCUCCUCGAGACACUCUCCGCUACCGACUUGGGUUUGCUCUUUUGGAAACCAAACUCGGGCCCACACUUCCCAGGAGAUUCUGCCCGCGCCGGACCGAGGCAGGCGGGCAAUAAGACAGAGAGGGAGCAGCCGCACUGGUGCCAAGCCCCCAGCUUGCGGGCCGGGGGGCGGCGGGGAUGAGGAUGGGGCCCCCGGGCCGGGGGCCGCGCUGGCUUCGGCUCUGGCUGUGCGCCGGGGCACUGAUCUCCUGCGCUCGGGCGAAAGGGACCUACUUUCCCCGGCCCGGCCCUCCCAGCGGUGGCCGCUACAACCUGUACACGACGGGAUCCAGCCCGCGGCUCCGCGAGGGACCGCACAACAUGCUCUGUGCUUAUGUGGUCCAGAAGAACGUGACAUGCAUUUUGCAGGAUGGGACUGAGAGCUACAUCAAGGCGGAGUAUCACAAGUGCAGCUGGGGCCCCAAAUGCCCAGGAACCGUGGUGUACCGGACCCUGCUCAGACCCCGGUACAAGAUCGGCUACAAGACCGUCACGGAGCUGGCCUGGCGCUGCUGCCAGGGCCUCCGGGGCGAAGGCUGCUCCGACCCUCUCCCCGACUCGGGAGCUCUCCUGCCUCCGCCGCGGCCCCAGACCCCCUCCGGGCAGAAGCCAUUUUCUGGCCCCCGAGUGCCUCCUUAUGCCAGACUGCCCGCCGGCCCAUUCCCAGGACCCAAGAGCCAGCCCUACGGCAGGAGAGGCCCGGGGCUGUUUGGCGAGAGGCUGGCCCGGCUGGAGGGGGACGUCCAGCGCCUCAGCCAGUCCUACGGCACGCUCAGCGGACUAGUGGCCGGGCUAGGAGACCACUCUCAGCUGGCUGUCCACGAGGCGCACGGCAGAAUGACCGGCGCCCUGGGGAGCCCGCCCACUGCCCCGGAGGCCCCCGUGGGCUUUGGAAUAAUCCCCGGCGGAGUGGUGGAUCCUGCCGACAAAGCGGGGGGCGCGUUCCCCACGCUGGGGGAGGUCCUGACCAAGGUGACGGAGGUGAGUGACGUCCUCAAGACCAAGACCAGCCUCCUGGAGGAGGUUCACAGCCUGGUCCUGGGCCACGACACCCAGAUAAAACACCUCUUGGAGGGCGCCCGGCCGUCCCCGCUCACCUCCCUGGCCCUGCUGGAGGAGUACAUUGACCAGAGACUGAGCCACCUCUGGGGUGACCUCUUGGACGGCUUUGAGAAGAAGCUGCUGGACCUGCAGACCACCUGCGACUUCCGCAUCCGGGAGAUGCAGCAGCAGUGCGAGGAGGAGAAGGCCACGAGCCUCAGGCUCCAGCAGAGCUUGGACGGCAAGGAGCUGGAGAUUAAAAAAGAGCUCUCUCUGCUGGAGACGCAGAUCCAGGGGCUGACCAUGGUGGAGGACUGCUGCAGCCACCUAGCGUUCGUCACCGAACGGAUGGACGUCCUCGAGAAGGGCCUGCACACGCUGGCCGAGGCUCAGCGGGGCCCGCAGCUGGACGGGGAGCGCGGCCCCAUCCCCACCACCGUCCUGGACGGCUCUGUCGGCCAGCGGCUGCAGGACCUGGAGGCCAGGCUCAACGCGACGGCGGGAGGGGCGGGGGGCUGUUGCCGAGGCCUGGAAGAGGGCAUGAAGGGCUUGGUGGGCUCGGAGCUGGACGGCCUCAGGACCUCGGUGGAGGAGAGAAUGCAGAUCAUGGAGGAGCGGUUCGUGGCCCUAGUGGGCGAGCUGGGGAACGUCAGCGCGCGGAGAGCCCCCGACGGGGCGGCCGGGCCCCUGGUGCAGACGGAGCUGGCCGGGGCCCCGCAGCAGGCCCUCCGGGAGCUGGCCGUGGUGGAGAGCAGGCUCACCUCCCUGGAGAGCCUGUGCACUGCCGGCGCCUCCUCCCAGGACGUGGCGGCCCUCGCCGCCGAGGUGAGGGACUGCCAGAGCCGGAGCAGGGCCCUGCUGCUGCAGGUGGACAGCCACGCCGGCCUCCUCCGGACGCUCAACGCCUCCGUCUCGGAGGUCCAGAGGCAGCUGGGCGAGGCGGCCGCCAGCUCUCUCCAGGGGGAAAUCACUCUGCUCAAGGUCAACCUCAACUCCGUCAGCAAGUCCCUCACGGGCCUCAGAGACUCGGUCAGCCAGUAUUCGGACGCCGUCCUGCACGUCAACUCCUCGCUCGACGAGCGCGAGCGGAAAGUGGAGGACGAGGUCCACGCCAUCCAGGCCAAGGUCAGCGAUCAGGGCUCCCGACUCCUGCUGAGCAGCCGGCAGGUCACGGGCCUCAAGGGGGACCUGGAGAGGUUCAAAGCCAGGGUCUCCGGGGCCCUGAGCAGCUGCCAGGAGGCGGCGCGGGAAGCGCAGCAGGAGGUGGGCCACUUUGAACAGCGCGUGGCCCAGGCGGAGCGCGCCUGCGGGAAGCUGGCUCUCAUCGCCGGAGGCCUGGACGGUCUUCAGGGUGAUAUCCUGAGAAGGGUGGGGGGGCUGUGGGGGCACGUGGGCCAGCUGAACAGAACCCUGGCUGCCCAUUCCCAGGAGAUCAGCAGCCUUCGGGACGGCCUCAGGGACUGCCGGGCCAAAGUGGCCCAACUGGCGGAGCACACGGGGCCUGGGCCAGCGCGGGGGGAGCAGCAGGAGCAUUAGGCAAAGCCAACCCAGCGCCAAGCUCAGCCCGAGUCCCUCGGGGUUCACCUGUCCGCUGCCAAAGGUCACUGCCACCCCUAUCCCCCACCCCCACCCCACCUUGAAAAGCCGUUCUGGGGAACUUCCAAGGGAAUUCCCAUCGUCUCAGCUCAUCAUCCCACGGCUCACGAAGCCACCUUGAUUGCCAAAUUACUGCGUGCACUAUUCUCAGUGCAACACAAACUGGAAAAUCCCCAAGUGCUGUGGGUGUCACUUGUGCCAGGAGAAAGGGGACUGGGCUUCACGGUGUCCUUAGGGCUUUUUCACGCCCACCGGGCCCACAGGAUUCCGGCCCCGAGCCCUCGACAUCUGUAUGACUCUCCUAGGCUCGCCUCCAUCAGCAGGAGGAGCUGACUUCCCCCAGAACCUCCCCUGUUCCACGGAGACCAGGCUGCUUCUUUCCCCAUCCAGGCCUGUCCCUCAGCAGGCUCUCCAGGGUGUCUGUGCCAGGGUAGCUGGCAGUGAAAGCCCCUCCUCUCGGGACCCCGUCUCCUACAUGGGGCAGCUUUGCAUCUCUAGGAGCCUCCAUUUCUACUCUGAGGACACCAAGUGCCCAGAUUGACAGGAAAACCCGCGGAGGGGGACUCAAUCCAGAGAAGGCAGAGCUCCUCCUUGGAGACCUCUCCCUCCUCUAAGGGGAAGAGGCAAGUGUGUCCUCUCUUCUCAAGGGGUAGGAGAGCAGUCCCUGAAAGGAACAGAACCUUCAACAGGCCAAGUUCCUAAAGAUCCCGGAGCUUGGGAGACUGUUUCCUUCUCAUAGCCAUUUCUGUCCCAAGAAGGAAAGGGCCUUCCACGAAGCACGUUCCCUGGACAAGUCUGGACCUUGGCUAGUCUUGUGUCAUGAAAGGAACCCAAGAUUUGGAUUGAAACCCCGGCUUGACUAUUAUUUACUACCCAGGUGACAUUGGACAUGUCAGGAGCUUUGAGCCUCAGUUUCCUCAUCUGUAAAAUAGGAAGAGGGGGAAGUGUCGGAAAAGAUAAUCUUGAAGAUCCCUUUCCGGCUCCGAUCCUGUCUUGUCCUUUGUCCCCACUAAGAUUCCUAUUAAAGCAGGAAUUCUUCUCAACCACACAGGUGGACUUUCAGCAAAGCAGAGCCAUUCUUAGAAACAGCCAGCGUGAAAUUGUGCAGAUCCUAAUGUCCAGCCAGCCGCCCACCCACCCAAAGGCCGCUUGGUGAGACAUCCGGGCAUGAAGCCACCUCGAGCUGACAAGCAGCAGCUUGGAACUGAUGGUGCUAAUCUGGCUCUCGCAAGGCCAUUUAGGAAAGACUCCCUACCUGGUUCCACCUGCUCAGGGACGGGGGAGACCUAGAACUCUGACUUCCUCCAGGAAGUCAAGGGAAUGGCCCUGCCCUCCCAGUACCCCAGGGGCAUUGGGAGAGGGGGCCCCCUUAGAGUAGCCGCAGGUCUUUUCCAGAUCAAGCAGAGGGGGCAGAAAUGCUCACCCCCGCCAGCACCCUUUCCAUAGAAGAUCCUGUUAGGUCUCCCUUGUUUUCUUUUGAUAUUAAGUGUUUAAUUCGGAUUAGAAACUGUUAUGUUUGGGGAGGGCAGGAAAUGGAUUAAAGCUUCUUGCC